AUGAUGGCCAACCUUAACAAAAUCCUGAAUCCUCCAAAAAAAAGACUGAUUAGAACACUUGCCAUGGCCCUAGGGGCCCUACAGAUAGCUGCAGAGGAAGCGUUCAAGUGGUGGAUAAAUGAUAACAAAACCCACGAGCUGUGCCCUCGAUGUGAAUGCAAGUACGAAAGUAGAAAUACAACCAUUAUCAAGGUUGUAGUUAUAAUUGUAAUCUGGAUCAUCUCUUUGCUUGUGAUCUACAUGCUGUUCUUGAUCUGCCUGGACCCACUUCUGAACAAGAGAGCUAAGAGCAGCUAUGUAGAGCAUACUAAUGAGGAUGUAAGUGUACAAACUAUUUUAAAAUUAAGAUUUGUAUUCCUUAUUAAUGCACUUUUUGGGAAGAUAAAUGAAACCGUUACAUUUUGCAUACAGGCUGUCUUAGUAAAUGCAUUUCAAGCUUUUAGUUCUUAACAUUUUGUUUUUGUU